AUGAAGAAGAGAGGCUCUUGGAUUGACACUGCCAUCAUGCCUCUUUUGACACUUGGAUUUUAUGCGUUACAACUUGACCGCGGAAACAUAGGCAACGCUUUAACAGACUUUUUCCUACGCGACAUCGGCAUCACACAAAAUCAGUACAAUAUCGGCCAGCAGCUGUUGUCGCUUGGAAUCAUUAUACUUGAGAUACCCAGUAAUUUGGUUCUCUAUCGGAUUGGGCCCGUACUUUGGCUGGGUGGCCAGAUGAUGGCGUGGGGCCUUAUUGCAACGUUUCAGGCUUUCCAAAAGGGCCUUGCUGCUUACUAUGUGACAAGAUUUCUUCUAGGACUUGGAGAAGCUGGUUUCAUUCCUGGUAGUCUUUACACUAUAACCCGCUGGUAUAAACGAAAUGAAACUAGCAAGCGAUUCUCCAUUUUCUUCCUCGGCAACAUGCUGGCCUCUGCGACAUCUGGUCUCAUUGCCUUCGGAAUGUGA